CAGCGCACAAUUAGCCCAGCCUUGUCCGGGGUAGGCUGUCAUUGUAAAUAAGAAUUUGUUCGGAACUGACUUGGCUAGUUAAGUAAAGGUUAAAUAUAUUUAUAUUUUUUAAAUCAGCCAAUAACUCAAGGAAUAUAAAUGUGGCAUUGCAAGGGAGCUGGUGUGCACCGUGACGGUGAACAAACCAAUGCAAUUCUACACUCGUGGGGAGACAUUCAAUAAUCCCUCCUUUUCGAAACGCCCUCAACGCGAGGGAGGAGGUAGGGAAGUAGCUUUCUGGUGGACAGAGAGGACCAUAAACGGCGAUCGAGCAGGCGGAUUAGAGCCAGCGCCAGGCAGGCGGGUUGUUUGUGAUUAACUGCUGCUGGGGACUGGGGUAUGGAGAUGUUGCGUCGCUCCUCAGUAUUCGCUGCAGAAGUGAUGGAAGUAUUUGACCGAUCCCCCACAGACAAGGAGCUAGUGUCACAGGCCAAGGCGCUCUGCAGGGAUUUCAUCCAUUCCAGGCUGAACAGGACCGGGAUUGGGUGGUCGAAGCCCGAGCAUCAGCUGUCGGCAUCAGGUGGGACGCUUGGAGAGAUCUCCUCUGUCCUCAUGUGGUUAGGUGAUGAGUUGGAGUACCUGCGGCCCAACAUCUACCGUAACGUAGCUCGUCAGCUGAACAUCACCGUUGCGUCUGAGAGCGUGGUGUCUGAUGCCUUCCUGGCUGUGGCUGCGGAGAUCUUCUCCACCGGUAUAACGUGGGGGAAGGUGGUGUCCCUGUAUACGGUAGCCGGUGCCCUGGCGGUGGACUGCGUGAGGCACGGUCACCCAGCCAUGGUCCACACCAUCGUAGACUGCAUGGGGGAGUUUGUCCGCAAGAGCCUGGUCUCCUGGUUGAAGAAGAGAGGAGGAUGGGCUGAUAUCACAAAGUGCGUGGUGAACACGGACCCCAGCUUCCGCUCCCAUUGGUUGGUGUCUGCUACCUGCGCCUGUGGACAUUACCUGAAGGCCAUGGUGUUUUACCUGCUCCGGGACAAAUGACAACGGAGGACGAGUUGAGUCACGGCCACACGAUGGACAACCUGCCCCAUCCGCCAGUGUAGGACAAAAGAGCCUUAUCCUGGUCCCAGAUCUGUUCGAGCUCCUGACAACUCUAUUGCUGUCAUUGUCAAGCCAAACAUGUUUGUUUUGAGUGUUUCAAUCAAGGAGUUUGUCAGGACAGUGAGUGUCAAGGAGUUGUCAUGACAGCCCAAACAGACUGGCACUCAGCCAACCGGGCAUCUGUCUGAGCUGCAGCCAUCACUCCUCUAGAGUUCUAGAUAUGUUGUUGUUUACACUGCACCUCCGCCACUGCCACUGACGAGCACCUUGGGCCUUCACAAACAAAUGAAACAAACGCACUGGCAUUGCAACAUCGACUUGAAUAAGCUUGUUAGCUACGUCUGCUUUGAACAGGGUAUUUAUCGAUUUAGCUUGACAGUAUUAUUGUGACGUAUAAGUACAGAUUCUCCAGCUGUAUUGUGAGGUAGUAGUCUAUACAUAAUGAUCCAUAGCAUUAACAGUUGACUGGAAUGGGAAUGCCCAUUCUAGUUAUUCUAUAUCUGGAUCUCAGUUUUUCUAUAGCUCUCUCUGUCACAUUCCUUGUUUUCUUUAUGCUUACAUAGACUGGUUAACUGAUAACGUCACAAAAAAAAAACGCGCUUCUAAGAGGCAGAAGGACGUGUGUUGUGAUUCUGGAUGGCCAGACAGCUAGCAACAAUGACAAUAAACUGCCCUGAUUCUGGAUGGCCAGAUAGCUAAGCAACAAUGACAAUAAACUGCCCUGAUUCUGGAUGGCCAGAUAGCUAGCAACAAUGACAAGAAACUGCCCUGAUUCUGGAUGGCCAGACAGCUAGCAACAAUGACAAUAAACUGCCCUGAUUCUGGAUGGCCAGACAGCUAGCAACAAUGACAAUAAACUGUCCUGAUUCUGGAUGGCUAGACAGCUAGCAACAAUGACAAGAAACUGCCCUGAUUCUGGAUGGCCAGACAGCUAGCAACAAUGACAAGAAACUGCCCUGAUUCUGGAUGGCCAGACAGCUAGCAACAAUGACAAUAAACUGUCCUGAUUCUGGAUGGCUAGACAGCUAGCAACAAUGACAAGAAACUGCCCUGAUUCUGGAUGGCCAGACAGCUAGCAACAAUGACAAGAAACUGUCCUGAUUCUGGAUGGCCAGACAGCUAGCAACAAUGACAAGAAACUGCCCUGAUUCUGGAUGGCUAGAUAGCUAGCAACAAUGACAAUAAACUGCCCUGAUUCUGGAUGGCUAGAUAGCUAGCAACAAUGACAAGAAACUGCCUUGAUUCUGGAUGGCUAGAUAGCUAGCAACAAUGACAAUAAACUGCCCUGAUUCUGGAUGGCUAGAUAGCUAGCAACAAUGACAAGAAACUGCCCUGAUUCUGGAUGGCCAGAGAGCUAAGCAACAAUGACAAGAAACUGCCCUGAUUCUGGAUGGCCAGACAGCUAGCAACAAUGACAAGAAACUGCCUUGAUUCUGGAUGGCCAGACAGCUAGCAACAAUGACAAGAAACUGCCCUGAUUCUGGAUGGCUAGAUAGCUAGCAACAAUGACAAGAAACUGCCCUGAUUCUGGAUAGCUAGAUAGCUAGCAACAAUGACAAGAAACUACCCUGAUUCUGGAUGGCUAGAUAGCUAGCAACAAUGACAAGAAACUGCCCUGAUUCUGGAUGGCUAGAUAGCUAGCAACAAUGACAAGAAACUGCCCUGAUUCUGGAUGGCUAGAUAGCUAGCAACAAUGACAAGAAACUGCCCUGAUUCUGGAUGGCUAGAUAGCUAGCAACAAUGACAAGAAACUGCCCUGAAAGCUAGCAACAAUGACAAUAAACUGUCCUGAUUCUGGAUGGCCAGACAGCUAGCAACAAUGACAAUAAACUGUCCUGAUUCUGGAUGGCCAGAUAGCUAGCAACAAUGACAAGAAACUGCCCUGAUUCUGGAUGGCCAGACAGCUAGCAACAAUGACAAUAAACUGUCCUGAUUCUGGAUGGCUAGAUAGCUAGCAACAAUGACAAUAAACUGUCCUGAUUCUGGAUGGCCAGAUAGCUAGCAACAAUGACAAGAAACUGCCCUGAUUCUGGAUGGCUAGAUAGCUAGCAACAAUGACAAUAAACUGUCCUGAUUCUGGAUGGCUAGAUAGCUAGCAACAAUGACAAGAAACUGCCCUGAUUCUGGAUGGCUAGAUAGCUAGCAACAAUGACAAGAAACUGCCUUGAUUCUGGAUGGCUAGAUAGCUAGCAACAAUGACAAUAAACUGCCCUGAUUCUGGAUGGCCAGACAGCUAGCAACAAUGACAAUAAACUGCCCUGGUUCUGGAUGGCCAGACAGCUAGCAACAAUGCCAAUAAACUGCCCUGAUUCUGGAUGGCUAGAUAGCUAGCAACAAUGACAAGAAACUGCCCUGAUUCUGGAUGGCUAGAUAGCUAGCAACAAUGACAAGAAACUGCCCUGAUUCUGGAUGGCCAGACAGCAAGCAACAAUGACAAGAAACUGCCCUGAUUCUGGAUGGCCAGACAGCUAGCAACAAUGACAAUAAACUGCCCUGAUUCUGGAUGGCCAGACAGCUAGCAACAAUGACAAUAAACUGCCCUGAUUCUGGAUGGCCAGACAGCUAGCAACAAUGACAACAAACUGCCCUGAUUCUGGAUGGCUAGAUAGCUAGCAACAAUGAAAAUAAGCUGCCCUGAUUCUGGAUGGCUAGAUAGCUAGCAACAAUGACAAGAAACUGCCCUGAUUCUGGAUGGCCAGACAGCUAGCAACAAUGACAAUAAACUGCCCUGAUUCUGGAUGGCCAGACAGCUAGCAACAAUGACAAUAAACUGUCCUGAUUCUGGAUGGCUAGACAGCUAGCAACAAUGACAAGAAACUGCCCUGAUUCUGGAUGGCCAGACAGCUAGCAACAAUGACAAGAAACUGCCCUGAUUCUGGAUGGCCAGACAGCUAGCAACAAUGACAAUAAACUGUCCUGAUUCUGGAUGGCUAGACAGCUAGCAACAAUGACAAGAAACUGCCCUGAUUCUGGAUGGCCAGACAGCUAGCAACAAUGACAAGAAACUGUCCUGAUUCUGGAUGGCCAGACAGCUAGCAACAAUGACAAGAAACUGCCCUGAUUCUGGAUGGCUAGAUAGCUAGCAACAAUGACAAUAAACUGCCCUGAUUCUGGAUGGCUAGAUAGCUAGCAACAAUGACAAGAAACUGCCUUGAUUCUGGAUGGCUAGAUAGCUAGCAACAAUGACAAUAAACUGCCCUGAUUCUGGAUGGCUAGAUAGCUAGCAACAAUGACAAGAAACUGCCCUGAUUCUGGAUGGCCAGAGAGCUAAGCAACAAUGACAAGAAACUGCCCUGAUUCUGGAUGGCCAGACAGCUAGCAACAAUGACAAGAAACUGCCUUGAUUCUGGAUGGCCAGACAGCUAGCAACAAUGACAAGAAACUGCCCUGAUUCUGGAUGGCUAGAUAGCUAGCAACAAUGACAAGAAACUGCCCUGAUUCUGGAUAGCUAGAUAGCUAGCAACAAUGACAAGAAACUACCCUGAUUCUGGAUGGCUAGAUAGCUAGCAACAAUGACAAGAAACUGCCCUGAUUCUGGAUGGCUAGAUAGCUAGCAACAAUGACAAGAAACUGCCCUGAUUCUGGAUGGCUAGAUAGCUAGCAACAAUGACAAGAAACUGCCCUGAUUCUGGAUGGCUAGAUAGCUAGCAACAAUGACAAGAAACUGCCCUGAAAGCUAGCAACAAUGACAAUAAACUGUCCUGAUUCUGGAUGGCCAGACAGCUAGCAACAAUGACAAUAAACUGUCCUGAUUCUGGAUGGCCAGAUAGCUAGCAACAAUGACAAGAAACUGCCCUGAUUCUGGAUGGCCAGACAGCUAGCAACAAUGACAAUAAACUGUCCUGAUUCUGGAUGGCUAGAUAGCUAGCAACAAUGACAAUAAACUGUCCUGAUUCUGGAUGGCCAGAUAGCUAGCAACAAUGACAAGAAACUGCCCUGAUUCUGGAUGGCUAGAUAGCUAGCAACAAUGACAAUAAACUGUCCUGAUUCUGGAUGGCUAGAUAGCUAGCAACAAUGACAAGAAACUGCCCUGAUUCUGGAUGGCUAGAUAGCUAGCAACAAUGACAAGAAACUGCCUUGAUUCUGGAUGGCUAGAUAGCUAGCAACAAUGACAAUAAACUGCCCUGAUUCUGGAUGGCCAGACAGCUAGCAACAAUGACAAUAAACUGCCCUGGUUCUGGAUGGCCAGACAGCUAGCAACAAUGCCAAUAAACUGCCCUGAUUCUGGAUGGCUAGAUAGCUAGCAACAAUGACAAGAAACUGCCCUGAUUCUGGAUGGCUAGAUAGCUAGCAACAAUGACAAGAAACUGCCCUGAUUCUGGAUGGCCAGACAGCAAGCAACAAUGACAAGAAACUGCCCUGAUUCUGGAUGGCCAGACAGCUAGCAACAAUGACAAUAAACUGCCCUGAUUCUGGAUGGCCAGACAGCUAGCAACAAUGACAAUAAACUGCCCUGAUUCUGGAUGGCCAGACAGCUAGCAACAAUGACAACAAACUGCCCUGAUUCUGGAUGGCUAGAUAGCUAGCAACAAUGAAAAUAAGCUGCCCUGAUUCUGGAUGGCUAGAUAGCUAGCAACAAUGACAACAAACUGUCCUGAUUCUGGAUAGCAACAAUGACAAGAAACUGCCCUGAUUCUGGAUGGCUAGAUAGCUAGCAACAAUGACAAUAAACUGUCCUGAUUCUGGAUGGCUAGAUAGCUAGCAACAAUGACAAUAAACUGCCCUGAAAGCUAGCAACAAUGACAAUAAACUGUCCUGAUUCUGGAUGGCCAGACAGCUAGCAACAAUGACAACAAACUGCCCUGAUUCUGGAUGGCCAGACAGCUAGCAACAAUGACAAGAAACUGCCCUGAUUCUGGAUGGCUAGAUAUCUAGCAACAAUGACAACAAACUGCCCUGAUUCUGGAUGGCUAGAUAGCUAGCAACAAUGACAAGAAACUGCCCUGGUUCUGGAUGGCCAGAUAGCUAGCAACAAUGUCAAGAAACUGCCCUGGUUCUGGAUGGCCAGAUAGCUAGCAACAAUGACAAGAAACUGCCAUGAUUCUGGAUGGCCAGAUAGCUAGCAACAAUGACAAGAAACUGCCCUGAUUCUGGAUGGCCAGACAGCUAGCAACAAUGACAAGAAACUGCCCUGAUUCUGGAUGGCUAGAUAGCUAGCAACAAUGACAAGAAACUGCCCUGAUUCUGAAUGGCCAGAUAGCUAGUAACAAUGACAAUAAACUGCCAUGUUGGGGAAUCGUAAGUGGCUCAUUUUGAUCUUGUUCUUGAUUCCAUGUCUUGUUUUUAGGUGUUUUGACUGAUGUCAGGUCUAUGCUAAUAUGGCUAAUAUUUGCUAGCUAGCGAGCUAACCAACAACUCUGACGAUGUAUUUGAGAAACAACAAGUGCUCAUUGUGCAACUUUAUUUAUGUUUUCAAUAAACAUUGUAGAUUAAAUAUAGUUGACACGUUGUUACCAAUCUAACAAUUGGUUUUGUUGCUAAACAACCAACCCGUCUUUUACUCCUGGGCAAAUAUUACAUUUAAAGCAAUGGAAUAUUUGUAUAAAUUUGAGUUUCAUUUCUGCACAUACUGUAUGUCAAGUGAAGUGUGGAUAUGACCCAGACAGAGUGGGAGAAUUUCAAUUGCUAUUUCCUCACAUCCCCUCUCCUCACCUACUCAAACCCCAUUGGAUGAGCAGGUCAAAACGGAGGGAUCUCUGACCUUUUCAUCCAAUUGGUUUUGAGAAGGAGGCGAGGAGAGAGGAUGCGAAGAUUCAGAGAAUAAACAAUUGAGAUACUCCCAGUGCUUCUAAAUAAAGCAGAAUGUUCAGCCCCUAGUGGCUGGAAAUAAGAAUGACCGAAAAACACAGGACGUGACGUUGUGAUUUUAUGAUCUCUGGAUUGACGAUGGUCAGAUGAAUGAAAAGGAUAACGGACUUCACUAAGUGAAAUAAUGAUCAAUUCCUCAGUUUGAAAUAUAGUUUUGAUUAUAACGUUUGUUUGCAUGCUUCAUGUAUGGGCUUGUAAGUAAGCAUUUCACUCUAAGGUGUUCGGUAUUCGGUGACAAAUAAGAUUGGAUUUAUGUGACGAGUGAUUUUGUGUGUGUGUGUGUGUGAGGGGGGGGGGGGGGGGACUGUUUUUUGUAGAACAUUGUGAUGUUAUGGAUCACUCCAUCGUCUGAAACUUAAAAUCCCAUUCAGACAUUUUUUGUCUGUAUUAUUCUACAAGUUAUUUUAAUUUCAUGAAUAACAACUACACAGUAGCUUACAUAUAUUAUAUUUGGCAACACUGAGUGUCUUCAGAAAAUAAAAUGUGUUAUAUUUCAA